AUGGACGAAUUUGCUGCCGCAGCAAACACAAACGAAGGUGCUGAUAACAACUGCUGUGGAGAUAAUGAGAACUUCGUGGAUACACCGAAUGAGGCCUCGACUGACAGUGAGUAUCUAGGGUUGGGGUUUUCUGCUGUCGGGAUUGUGGAGAAGGCUUCAGAGAGGAGGCAGCCUAUUUGA